AUGAGGCUAGUGGUAGUAUUAGUUUUAAUUACAUUCAUUGUCGUAGCACAAGCACGACGGCUUCCCGAAAAAAAUGAAAAACCGGUAGAUAAACCAAUAGAGAAAGAAAAGGAACAAUUAGUCGACCAGCAAGAUGCCGCUUCAGAACAUAAGAAAGAACCGAGCCAGAAUAGCGAACAUAAAAGGGGCGGAGGUAAAGAGCAUCACGCGGACCACUUAGAUGAACACGAGGAAAAGGGUUACAAGGCAUACGAAGGCCAUCAUCACGAAGAAGAAGGAAAAAAAGGCCACCACGACAGGGAGCAACACAAAGGCGAAUAUGACGACCACGGCAGCCACAAAAAGGAACAUCAUCACGGACACGGUCAUUAUCAUGAACAUCAUAGGGGUGAUAAAGGUGAGAAAGGCCACAAGUACGAAGAGAAGGGACAUUAUAAUAAAGGACAUUCGACAAAAGGACACCACGAAGUCCAUAAACUAGAUGAAUUUAAGAAAGACAAAACUUUCUUUCAUCAAGACGGAGACUCUGCUCAUGAAGAGCACCACGGUGGUUUUCAUGAAGAACAUGGCCAUAAAAAAGGAGGUCACUUCAAGAAAGGGCACCUCGACGGUAGGCAUCAUGAACACGAACAUGGAGAAAAGGGUCAUCACGAGAAAGGAGGACACCAUCACGCGCAUAAAGGCCAUAAACAUUCCGGAGGUCAUGAUGAGCAUCAUCACCGUCACCACGAUCACGCCCAGAAAGCAGGAAUCGAACAUCACAAGAAACAUGUAUAUAAAGAAGGUCAUUGA